AUGAGGGAAGAUACCACCGGGAAGCGAUCCCCAAAUUCUCACCAGAAUGCGAUCAUUUCUCAACACGCGAUUCAACCCAUCCCAGAAGAAAAUCUUGUUAACGAAGUACGAGGAAUGUACGCGGGCUUGGUUAUGGUCGAGAAGAAGUGCCUCAAAAUACAUCACCCAUCCCGCUUGAGCAGUGAUCUAUCCUCGACUCCAUGGCAAGCUCUUAUCAGGCUGCACAGGACCUUGCUUCAUGAACAUCAUGACUUCCUUUUAGCGUCACAACACCCCUCGCCUGGCCCAACUCUCAGACAUCUCACCGUCAAAUAUUCAACACAUUCAACACCGGAGCGAAUGGGGAGACACGGGAUUCAUUCGUUCUUGGAAAUUUUGCGCCAGCGUCUCCCAACCUCCAUGGAUCAUAUGCUAUCAUUCAUACAUGUAGCAUAUUGUUUUAUGUCAUCCCCUAUAGAGCUUGCCCCUGUUUUCGAGGACACAUGGAUCGAAUGCCUUGGCGAUGGGGCUCGUUGUAGAAUGGUGAUUGAAGAUAUCGAAAAUAGCGAUCGGGAGUACCGCAAGGCGGAUGGACGCACGGAGAGGGUUCGACAUCACCUGGCGGUUCUAGCGCGCCCAAACAUACCCCAACAACUACCCCGAAACAUCAUUUCCUACUUCCCCUUCUCCAGCAAUCUAAUAACUGACCCUGAACCAUAUCAACGUUCGAAUAUCUAUUUACCGGAAGACUAUCAUCCAAGUGGGCUACUCUGGGUGUCUUUGACAAAUUCGACUAGCGAAGCAUGGAUGGACCAUGACAUGGACCUUGAAUACGAUGUGUGCUACACUAUCAAAAGUUGUCAUUCUCGAGCAGUCCUGGAUCGGUUUCCCACUCUUCUAGAAUUUCAUCCACGAUUUGUCUUCAUAAAAUCAGAUAAAGCUCAUGAUGGCGUGGGGACGGUGCACAAGAGCAUCAGUCACAGCAGGAAGGCAAUUGCUUCAGCAAUGGUACGGCUUCCGAUAAGGCUCAAGUCGGUAUCCUUCUUGACUUUCUCAAUGCUUUUUUUAUCUUACUCAUCAGCUCUUCCAAUCAAUCAAGAUGAGAAAAUCGAGGGGAAAGACAAUGAUUCAUGCACGUUGCGUGCCGAUGAUAUUGCUUUACUCUCAUUCUCCGUUUUAUGUAUCCCUGUUUGCUUUCUUCUAGGCCAGAAACUCGGCCAACCCCGCACUUUUGGUACCUUGAUGGUAGUAUUCAACAUUGUCAAUUUAUUGACAAGUGGAGACCCUCUGGUUUCCAGAGUUGGACAUUGGGUCUAUUUUCGCCGGACUGUUGGCAAGACGCUUUCGCCACAUUACGCGGAGUUUUGGAGUUCGGGGCCUAGUGGAUCUAGAGGAGAGAACCCGGACUCUGCCAGUCAAUAUCUCCUCUCAUCAUUGGCUUUCACAUUGAUCUGCUGGUGGAAGAUUGCCGAGUGGUCGGUGCCAAUUUCGUCCACUAAAGGGCUGUACUUGAAUUUGGGCUAUACGCUCACAUCAUCCGCAUUGGUUCCCACCAAGAUCAGUACAUGUAACUAUAUCAUGGCCCACCAGGCCCAUAACCUCCCCCGGAACACUCUCGCAGCCAAAUUCAAGUACAUGCCCAAGAACCCACGCUACCAAUGGAAAACAAAUAUAUACCCUUCACAAGCCCGGCCAAGCAGAGCAACGGACCUACUUUGCCAAUACCUUCGAACAAACCAUCGAGGCUUCUCCGCCAGCGAGAGGGCCAAAUACCCACAUUCAUGCCCGCGACGACCAAUCCGAGUACAUGCCCACCGCCACGCUGCGAAGGAUCGAGCGCACGCUGCAGAAAAAUUCCGCAGCGCGCGCUACGCCAAGUUGAUCCAAUGGGCGAUGAAUGUCGACCGAUGUCCUUUUGGGCGCGGAGCCAUGACGACUGCGAUCCGCGGCUCCUGCGCAAUCAUCUUCGACCAUCAGCAUGCGGCGGAGCUGCUUAAGAUGCUCUUUUUGCUUAAUGAGAUGGAUGUGCUUUUGCGCGUCACGUUGCGGCCGGGGAAUGCGCAGCCCGUGGCGGAUUGGUGGUCGUUCCCGUAUGAAUUUCCGCCAGAUUAUGGUUGGACGGAGUUGAUGUGCACAGCAUUGAUGGCGUAUAUUUGUUUGGAUGUGCUGUAUGUUAUAGAGGAGAGGAAAGAUUGUGGACAAUUCUUCAGGCCGAAGUUCCGGUUUUCAGAAGGAAAAAAAAGCAUCAUGACGAAGAAGCUUAAACAGACCAAACUUGUAAAGACAAGGAUAAAGAAAACGACACGGAUUACCGAUGAACAGCCGUCUACCAAAUGA